AUGAAGUUGGUGUUGCUGUUGUCGCUCGCUGCGGCGUGCGCAGCUGCACCGUCGCCCGUCGACUACUCGCUCUUCCGGCGCAGCGUCACCACGGACGCCGGUGCGCUCUCGGGCAACACAUACGACUAUGUCAUCGUGGGCGGUGGACUGGCAGGCCUCGUUGUCGCCAACCGGCUCUCGGCGAAUCCCAACAUCAGCGUGGCGGUGAUCGAGGCGGGCGCGUCCGGCUAUGCGGACGCGGCCAAGUUCAGCGUGCCCGCCGCGAACCUGUACGACUCGUCCGUCGGCACGCAGUACGACUGGCAGUGGCAGACCACGCCGCAGUCCGGUCUCGCCGGCAGGUCCGCGCCCUGGCCCCGGGGCAAAGUGCUCGGCGGAAGCAGUGCGAUCAACGGCCUGUACUACGUGCGUCCGUCGGAUACGGAGCAAAACGCCUGGUCCGACCUCAUCGCCGACGAUGCCUGGAACUGGGACCAAAUGUUCGCCGCCAUGAAGAAGAGCGAAUCCUUCACCGCGCCCAACGCCGCCACCACACGCACCGUCAAUGUCGGCUACAACCCCGCCAGCCACGGCACUGACGGCCCGCUGCACGUCUCGUACCCGCUCCAAACGUACCCCGAGGUAGGCGCGUUUAUCGAGUCGGCCACCAAUGUCGGCAUUCCAGCCUCUUCGGAUCCCAACGCAGGAAACAACACGGGCGUCUUCCUCGCCAUGUCCAACAUCAACCCGGCCAAUGCGACGCGCAGCUUCUCGCGCACCGCCUAUCUCGACCCCGUGGCUGCCCGACCCAACCUCUCGGUGCUGACGGGGCACACGGUGACACGCGUGGUGUUCAACUCGACCCAGACCGACGAGGCGGUGGCGUCGGGUGUGCAGUUCGCUGCAUCGCGCGGGGCGGCCGUGUCCACCGUCUAUGCGCGCAAGGAGGUGGUGCUGUGCGGCGGCGCGGUCAACGAUCCGCAGAUCCUCCAGCUCAGCGGUAUCGGCGACGCUGCGCUGCUCGACCGCGUGGGCGUCGAGCAGGUGGUGGAUCUGGCCGGCGUCGGGUACCACCUGCAAGACCACCUGUCCACGGGUGUCGUCUUUAGUCCUUCGAGCGGUGCGACCAUGCCGCCCACUCGGAUCACGGGCGAUGCGGCGACGGAUUCGUACGUCAAUAGCGCGAUCGCGUACGUGCGCGGUUCGACGCUGUUCAGCGAGCAGCAGUGGUCUUCGCUGAUCGACCAGAUGAGGCAGAAUCGCGCGGCGAGCGUGGAGGCGUACGAUGCACCUGCCGCGGUCAAGGCAGGGUACAAUGCCACCUACACCACGCAGGUCGAGACGCUCUUCCCGACGUCGAUUGGUCCUAUCGAGUUGCUGUUUGCACUGAGCUUUGGUGGGGUGCAGGUGCAGGCUGCAUUGCAGCAUCCGCUUUCGCGCGGCAGCAUCACCGUCACCUCGACGGACGCCUUUACGCCGCCACGCAUCGACCCUGGAUACCUGAGCAACGAUGUGGACAUGACCAUCUUGCGGCAAGGCUUCAAGCUCGCGCGUCGCCUCGGAUCUACUUCGCCUUUGGCUGAUUUCACCUCGGCCGAGACUGCGCCCGGUUCGGCGGUGGAGACGGAUGGGCAGUGGGACGAGUGGAUCCGCCGCACGGUGGGCACCGAGUACCAUCCGAGCAGCACGUGUUCCAUGCUUCCGCGCCAGCUGGGCGGCGUGGUGGAUGCCAGGCUCAAGGUGUACGGCACGCGCAAUCUGCGUGUCAUUGACGCUGCCGUCCCGCCCGUCAGCUUCUCGGCCCAUCUGAUGAGUGUCACCUACGGCCUCGCCGAGAUCGGCGCCGAGAUGGUGCUCAGCGACUAUGCCGCUGGCAUGAAGAGCGCCACCAACCAGGCAGCCACGGGCGGUUCGCGAGGAAGUUCUGGCUCGACUGGCUCGAGUGGCUCGAGUGGCUCGACUGGCUCAAGAGGUGCAGCUGGUUCGAGUGGGUCGAGUGGCGCGACGAGUGGAGCGACGCGUUGGACGCUCACCACUGCCCAUGCCGCGGCGGCGAUCAUUGCUACCAUCGCUCUGUCACUGCGAUAG